AUGCCUUCCUCUCCCUUUAACGAUACCCUGGACUUAGCCACACACAUUGUGGCUAAAUUGGACGACCCUGCCCUACAAACUGUACAUUUGCAUAGCGACAUCAUUCAGGUGAGAAGCCCUUGGUUUGGGCUGCAUGCCCCCAAGGAGACAACCAACGGGCAAAGCUCGGCAGCUGAUAAUACCCCUGUAUAUAAAGAAAACUCUUUAGAAGAUGUUAAAGAAAUACUAAGUAAUAUUCCUUUACCUCCCACUCCUGGUGUAGCAGGCCCAGACUCCGAAAGCGAAGAGUCCAACGAUGAUGAACCUGAGACUCUAGCAUCAAUAGGUGCCGGAUCUUCGAAGGGCAAGAUCAUAGACCCCAGAGAAUGGGCCGCUGCCAGCCUAGAGGAAGAAGAACUGGAUGUGGAAGCCCAACAGGUCACAUUUGAAUCCUGGAAAGCUGCCAAGGUUGCAGCUGGGGUCAGUAACACUGACUCUGGGGAUACCAGUACAGAGAAAGCGAUGCAUAGGAGCAUUGAGAUCUCCCAGGAAGAGAUUGAACACCUCGUCCAGGAACAAGCAAUAGAGGCCAUAAGGGCCACAGAAGCAUGA